UUCUCGCGGCAAGUGCAAAAUCUCGCGUUGUUUCCACCGACAUUUCAUGCGCGUUCACCGGGGUCUUUGCCUGCUUGCAUUUUUUUUUUCCAAAACAUUUUUUUUUUUUUUUUUUGCAGGAACGGGAUCGAGCAACCAAGACGUCCGUGCAUGAAACAAAACACGAGUGUUUUAGUUGAAAGAUUUAUCGGUUAUAGGCCUGUUGAUUAGCUGUCAGUAUGGCGGUAGUCAUCAGACUGCAAGGUCUGCCCAUAGUGGCCGGCACCAUGGACAUCAGGCACUUCUUCUCUGGCCUCACAAUCCCUGAUGGGGGCGUACACAUCGUGGGUGGUGAGCAUGGCGAGGCCUUCAUUGUCUUUGCCACCGACGAGGAUGCUCGGCUGGGAAUGAUGCGCACAGGUGGGUCCAUUAAGGGCUCCAAAGUAUCGUUGUUGCUCAGCAGUAAGACGGAAAUGCAGAAUAUGAUCGAAUUGAGCCGGCGGAGGUUUGAAGGCGGCACCGGUGCGACCGAAACCGCCCCGCCUGCUACGGCUAACCGCCAAGCUGCCGUGGCGGCCAUACCCGCGAUACAGUCGGCCACGGUGGGGAGAAGCGUUAGCCAUGGAAACCCCGGUUUCACUAAUACUUCUGCUGUGGCGACAGCAACCUCAUCACAAGACACUCCGAUUCACAAGGCUGCAGCCAGCCUGGCGCAUAUGGUGCCCAACUUUCCCCAUGGCUACAGCGCCGCACCUGCCAUCACCACAACCCUGCCGUCUCUCAAUCCAGGUCCUCCGCUCAUUGCGCCCAUGCCAUCGAUGCCCACAAUGUCCACGGUUCCUCCUCCUGUGUCAUCGUUGCCACCUGUCCCUACUGUCACCCAACUUUCCCAUGGCCCUCCUGUACCGCCAAUGUCCCACCUCUCCCACAUGUCCUCCCUGCCGCCCUUCAACCCCACCAUGCCACCACCUGGAGGACUUGCCUCAGGACUCCCUUUAGGCACCCCUAACCCAAUGCUAUUCAACCCCCUCAACCCUCUUGCGUCUCUGGGUCUUCAGGCUCACAUGAAGGCUGCUGCAGUCACAGCCACGGCAAUUGGUGUGUCAACUCCAGAUGAGUUGUUUGUCCUCUUACAAAACCUACCGUUCUCCUGUUCAGAGAUGGAGGUCAGGGAGUUUUUCCGGGGUCUGGGGGUGGACGGAGUGCGCUUUUUCCGGGACGGGCAAGGUCGUCCCACUGGCCGCGCAAUGGUCAAAUUCUUCAUGCCCCAAGACUGCUUUGAAGCCAUGAAGCGGGGUGGUGGCAUGAUGGGUCAAAGGUUCAUCGAGAUCACACCGAGCUCUGAGAGACAAUGGGCUAGCCUCAAUCACAGCACCAUGCUCCCGACUCCCCAAAUUAACACGAAACCAAACAGUCAUACACAAGACCAGCAUCAACGACCUAGUCACGCUGGCGACAUUGGCCGGGAUCAGCGAGGGAGGUCAAGAUCUCCGCAUCGUCAGGAGUUCUGCGUUUACCUGAAAGGCCUCCCUUACGAGGCUGACAAAAAACAGAUCAAGGAGUUCUUUAAGAACCUAUCCGUAGUGGAGGACACCAUGUAUAUUGCCUACGGCCCCAAUGGACGAGCCACAGGUGAGGGCUUUCUGGAGUUUAAAACGGAACAAGAUUACAAGACUGCACUGGGUGCUCACAUGCAAUACAUGGGGUCCCGCUUCAUCCAAGUACACCCCAUUAGCUACAAGGGAAUGUUGGAAAAGAUUGACUCCAUUCGUAAGCGUGAAGCAGCGCAGAACAAUGGCAAGAGCCAAGAUAGUCUAAAAACUGAACCUAGGAACUGCGCACAUAUCACCAACAUUCCUUACAAUAUCUCCAAGAAGGAUGUCCGUGCUUUCCUGGAGGGCAUCGGGCUUUAUGAAGACACGCUGAAAGUUCUCACCGACAGCCACGGCAAUGGCUUAGGCCAGGCUAUCUUCCAGCUUCAGACUGAAGAAGACGCCCGCAAAGCAGAAAGACUUCACCGCCAGAAGCUUAACGGCCGUGAUGCAUUUGUUCACUUGGUGACCUUUGAGCAGAUGAAAGAAAUUGAAAGGAACCCCCCACCUCAAAACAAGAGAGGUCAAAGAAAUCCACAGCAGAACCAGCAGAGCCAGAUCCAGAUCCAAAGCCAGCAUCAGCAGGCUCCGGCAGUUCCGCAGCAGCCCCAGAUUAAUCCUUUCGGCGCGAUUGGCGGUGAGGAGUUUAACUUUCUAAGAAGCACCAUGGGAAACCUCAACAGUUCCCCGUUUGUUACGCCGUUCUCUACUGCUGGAAACGGCUUAGCGAGUCACCCUCCACUCCCCCCAUUGGCAGCAGGGCUAGGGGAAGUUAACCUGGCUGUCGCUCCGCCGCUCAUUGCCGGUCUCCCUGGAGCGCCGCUUCUGGAGCCGCCAGGCUUUCGACCUGGUGCGGCUGGGGUACCUACAUUUGGUCAGGAUGGGCUAAGAGGCUUAUUGCCCUUUGAUAACAACAGGAAACCAAAUGUAGGAGCACAGAACAGAGUUGGGCCCGGGGCUAACAACAACAACAACAGCAACAACCAAGGGCGUCAAGUGGGAGCGCCUCCCGGUGGACCUCCAGUUUUCAACCCUGGCUCCGACGGUCUCUUGAUUCCUCCUGGGGCGCCCAACAACCCUAACAUUCACCGUUCUUCUGUCCCAUCUGCCACCGCCCCAACGAUAGUUAAGCUUCAGAACAUGCCAUUCACAGUCACCACAGACGAGAUCAUGGACUUCUUCUAUGGCUACGAGGUGCUCCCUGGAUCCGUUUGCUUGCAGUUCAGUGACAAAGGUCUGCCCACCGGCGAGGCGAUGGUUGCUUUCCAGAACCCCGAAGAGGCUUCCGCCGCCGUCCUGGAUCUCAAUGACCGGCCAAUUGGCGCACGGAAAGUCAAAAUUAGUCUGGGCUAAGAAACCCGUUUACCCCAAGUCUCCAACCAAAGCAGACAGACCCUAAAUAUAUACCCCUUUUAGUCUGAGCUGGUGAUGGUCGGGACUGGUGGCUACAGUUGGGUGGCAUCUUGUUGAAUGUGGUCGCCAUUAGAGGGUCGGGCAUCAUGUACUUGGGACUGAACUGUUAACGCAACUGAUCUAAUCGACCUCCUAAUACCACUACUAUUACAAUACAAUUUUAGAAACCGUUAUUAUUAAUGGGAAAAAAAAACAAGCCUGGGACCAAUUGUUUUUGGUUGCAAGUGCUUUUAUGGUUAAAAUACGAUAAAAACGCCACAAAGAUCUGGUUCUAAUUUUUGCCACUAGCUCUGAACCAGCCCACACCAUCUCAGUGCAAAUGGGGUCCUACUGCUAGACCAUACCGCCAACACAAUUUAUGACAACAUAGCAACACCACUUUAAAAUGUAUUUCCUGGGUGCUCCCAUUUUUUUUAUUCACUGACUUGAUGAAUUUCGGAAAGUAUAGCACCACCACUUUAAAAUGUAUUUCCUGGGUACUCCCAUUUUUUUUUUUUUUUUUUUUUUUAAAUUGACUGACUUGAUGGUCAUGAUGAUGACCAAUUGCUGGAGGAACAACAACAAAAAAAAGCUGAAUUAUGUUCUGUUGCUAUGGUAGCACUCAUGUUACAGCCAUCAUGUGUAAGUCGUGCUCCGGCUGAAGUUGUUUCACGUUUGCGGUCGCUAUGCUAUUGUCGCUCCAUGCUUCGUAGCUAUGCUAAUAUCCUCCAUAUGUUGUUGUGGUAAAAGGCAUUAGAAUUUGUGCCCUUGUCGUCAUGCGCAAUGGUUACUUUUUUGCUGUUCUGCUUUUCCACAUUAAAUGUCUGCUCUUCCGCCCCCCACCCCUCACCCUCCCCUCUGCUCCUGUGUCGCAUUGACGAUGGUGAAAAGCAACUACUGUCAGUCUGGUUCCGAAGGGAUGGAACAGUGUCCGGUAAAUUUCUCUGGGAAGUUAAGAUGGGGGGAAUUUAGGAAAUAAUCGACAUUGGCAACGUUUCAUGGGAUGAUCGGAAUUAUUGUGAGAUCUCUGGAAAUUAAGGCUAAUAGAAACACAUCAUAUUCUUGCAUAAAUAUCAAUGCACUGGUACCUUUUAGGUACCAGGGACCCAACCUAGGUGGUUCUUUGAGAUACGAGCUGUCUGGUCAGUAUUUUGCUUUGUGGUGAGCAAAAAAAUUGAAAUAGUUUUUGAUGUUUAAAAAAAAAAAAAAGCCACCCUUUAACAUGUAGAAAUGUAACAAUACUCACGCAUAUAUUCUUUAUCAUCUGCAAAGAAUGGUUAUUACUCCAGCUUCCUGAGGAUCUGAGACAGUAUCGUGUGCUUUACAUCUGGUAUGUCUGUAGUUAUACAACUCCAUCGUGGUCAAGUCGUGCACACGAGGAGGAGCAGCACAAUGUCUAUUGAAAUGAAGCAAAAACUGCUUAAUUUCUUUCCAUUUUAACAUGUAGAUGAACAUUAUGAAGGUUGUCGUGUUGCUACGAAGUGGGAUGGGCUUCUCUGUCUCCUGUUUUGUUUUUGUUUUUUCUUUUUCUAUCAGUCAUGUCUGAAGAGUCGCUGAAUGAUUUUAUUUUAUUUUAUUUUUUUAAUGAUGAUGUCGCUGUGUUUGGAUGUCCCAACCUACGUCAGUGAUGCGUGUACACACAAUGUCGGUGUAUGAACUGUAGCGUCAGCAGUGUUUUUCGUUUGGUAGUAUUUUUUCUGUGGUCCGUAUAUAGAUUUUGGGAUGUUUUAAGUGUCUGUAUGAUGCCACAAAACAUGCUUUGCUUGUUUUUUGGGGGGGCUAAUAAAAAGGAAGUACAGGACAUUGUCCUUGCC